AUGGCCGCCAACGAUAAGAAGAUCCCAACAGUCACCAUCCUCAAGCAAAAGAACUCGAAAGAAUCUCUUUCAGCAAAGUCGCCUCGUACAGCUCGCUUCGCAGAAGCGACCUCAGUCUAUUCACCCGUCGACGGACGUUCUCCCUUUGCCGAUCCACCCACCAACCACUACUCCCCUCAACCUCAGAUCUCAGACGUCGGCUUCGGCUACGUCCAGGACGUCGAAAUGGAAGAAACCGACAGGAAGUACCUUCCUCCGCCAACCCCAAAGACUCCCCUCAGGAGCGCCCUCCGAUCGCCUGGUGCUCCACCAAGGACAUGUGAGACCGCCAUCCUCAGUCCCACCUUCAGGGAAGAGCAAGUCCUAGAGAAGCAAGAGGCCAGCACCGACAAGGAACAGGCCAAAGAUUUGAAAGUCAAGGUUCGAGUACGAAUCGCAAAGAUCUUCCUGCGUGGAAUCAACUUUGCCUGCAGUCUGAUCGUUCUCUCCAUGCUCGCCACUGCUUUUUCCAUCUUCAACGCAACCAAGACCCUUGCUCCCAGGAACAAUCUGCCACCGUGGGCCAAGAACACAGCCAUCUGGCCCCAAGUAACCAUCCUCGUCAUUGCAUGCAUCUCCCUGCUCAUGUCCAUCGUUGUCUUGAUCGCCUACGCCAGAAAGGGCCACCACAGGGCCGAGAAGGUGGCAGCAUACUACACCGUCUUCGCAGUUGGCUUCUUCAUCUUCAGCAUCAUCAUGUGGGCAGUCGGUGCCGGCAUCCUCAAUCAGAGCAAAUCGCAGGGUAAAGGCAAGGACAUGUGGGGUUGGUCGUGCGUAGACAACAAGCGAAGACAUCUGUUCGAGGACGAUGUGUCGUACGCGCUUGUCUGCCGCCUUCAGAACUGGGCUCUUGUCUGCUGCAUCAUCGAGAUCGUCAUCGAAGUCUUGGUCAUUGCCAUCUACGCCAUCGUCUUCUACCGUUUCUGGUCCAAGAGGAAGCUCCGAAAGUCCAUGGCCAACCGUGACAAGGCUCGUUCGGACCUUUACCUCGCUCAGCUCCGCUCCCAAUCCGCACCCAACACUCCUGGCUUCGGACCACUCUCUCCCCGCUCUGGAGGCUGGCGCCCACCGCCAGACCACCCUCAGUACUACGACCCUCAGUCUGCCGCCGAGAACGGCGAUAGCGAUAAGGUACAAUUCGCCUAUGCUCGCGAGAUCGCCCAACCCCAGCCAUUCUCUCUCAAGGCACCACCGAUCAAGGUCACCAAUGCCACCCCCAAGAUUGGCCAAGAAGGUUUCGAUACCCCCCAACGUACUGGCACCGCAUCGCCACCUCUUCCCCCAGCCUCGCCUGGGUUCCAGGAGAGGCAGAACGACCACGUCGGUGCAGCACCAGGAGAGCAGACAUACGCAUCUGUACCCAUCCCUGGCGCUUACACUCCUCUUGCUUCGCCUUCCUACCCGGCGCCCGCUCAUCAACAGUCCGCUCCUGCUCCGGGCCAGGGCUUUGAUUUCGGACCCAGCGUUGCAAGACAGUAA